GGCUACAUCCGCAGAGUUUGGGAUCAAUGCCGUGCCGACGGAAAGCCCAUCAUGGAGGAGUCAGCAAAGAAAGCUCCGUCAGAUCAUGAGGAGGUUCGGACCACGAUUUUGCGGAUGAGCAAGAAGGGUAUGCCAAUCAGUAACAUCGGAGAUCUUUGUGACGUGGCACCUGCAGAAGUCGUCCGAAUUCUUGCGCAGGAGGAAGCACUGAGUCCACUGGUCAAACGUUUGACAACGGAUCCAGAUGAGCUUUGCUGCUCCAUCUCCCAAGCGCGCUUCGUAAGUCCUGUUGUGGCGGCAGAUGGCAACACCUAUGAGAAGAACUUCAUUCUCAGGUGGUUCGUGAUGGGUGGCCGCCGCUUGAGUCCUCUGACUGGAGCACUUUUGGAGAACGUUGUGCUCCAUCCCAACCAGAACAUGACAUCCAAAGUGAUCUCUUUCCAGGAGGAGACGCUGGCAGAAAUUCUUUCUGUUGCACCACUCCUUCUGAAAGCUGGGUGCAUUGAAGCUCUUGAAAAUCUGUUGCCCAGGGCAGAGAGCUUUGUCAUUCUCCUCCUGAACAACGAUGCAUCCGCCCGAAAGAAACUACUCAGGUUGCUCAGCAUUCGGACGAGGAUGCCUUUACUUCCUGAUUCACUUGAAGCAUCUGACUCAGCAAGACAGGAGCUUCAUGAGCUCCUUCAGGUCGCAGAUGAUCAGAUAGAAGCAUUGCUGUCUGGAAUUCAGGAGUCAGAGCUUCGAGGCCUUCUUGCUGAAAUUGAAUGGAGUAUGCUGGAACGUCUCCAGAAAAGCUUGAAGGCAUCUUGCAAUCCUUGCAAAGAUUGGAUCGAUCAAGAAGUGGGCUACAAACGCGCCCUGUUGUUUUACAAUUAUUUUCGCCUUGACCUGAAACGGUUUGAUGAGUAUUGGCAGUUGCUGAUUGAGAAUUACCAACAUGCUGGUGAGUCACUGCUCGUCCGGGACACAGGGGCACGUAACAGAGGGGCGAAGGCUGCAGCACUGGUCUUGGCCACAUUUUCAGACAGGGUAGCAACCCCCCUGAAAGACAUUGAUUACCAGGUGCUUGAACAUGCUCACAGACUCCUCAAUAAUCGUGCGGAAGCAAUUGAUCUUGCAAAGCGCUUCUUUAAGUACAAGAUCAGGAUUGCUGACCAAGUGGCUUGGCCUCCAGCGUCAUCCGGACGUAUAUUCCUGGAAUUGGCAGCUCGUCAGGGGGACGAGAAGGAACAGUUUCUUUUGCUGGUGAGGGCAUAUAAUGUGUGUGCGUCUGAUACGCUCAUCCGUAGAGCUUUGCUAGAACAACUUCAUUGCAAGAUCUUGGAAGUGGAUUCCUUCGGUGGCGGAACCGUUCGCACCACUGCAAAUUCCGCGUGCAGCACUGAUUCUUCCAGCCUGGAGGAGUUGUUUCUGAAGGUGAGUUUAGAGGAGGAAAGGCAGAUUCCAGCGGAUUUGAUUAACAAGCUGACUCUGAAGGACACAUAUCUCCAGCGCCUCAAUGGAGAUUUAUUGCCAUGGGCACAGCAACUGGGCCAUGCAGGUCGACCUGUUGAUGGCGCGCGCCUGGCGGUGCUGGUGGGGCAACGUUUGGCCCGGAAGGGCGACAAGGAAAGGGCAGUGGAGGCGUUCUUUUUGGCGUUUCGGUUGGAUUCUGGAAAUUCUGAUGCGGCCAGUGGCCUUUUGGAUUUUGCAGAGUUGGUAAUUGCAGCCAACCAAGCGGCAAGCCACAAGGUUGUGACUAGAGGAAGGAAGCCAGUGCCAAAGCACUUUGCUGUUGGACUGGGACUUGACAGAAAAAAUCUUUACAAGCAGCGAAGGUGUGGACAGCCCAAAGUUCCGAAUCUCCCUGCAGGUCCUAGCUUGGAUUAG